AUGGACUGCGGGAAAAGCUUCUGCCUGAGACAAGAGCUUAUGAGCCACCAGAGAACCCACACAGGAGAGAGACCCUUCCUGUGCUCCCAGUGCGAGAAGGGAUUUAGCCAGCUGGCGCAUCUCGCCGCCCACCAGAGAACCCAUGCGGCGGAGAGGCCCUACCCCUGCGGCACCUGUGAGAAACGCUUCAAGCAGAGCCAAGACCUCCGAAAGCACCAGCGCACCCACACGGGAGAGCGACCCUACCCCUGCACUGAGUGCGGGAAAUGCUUCAGCCACGUGUCGAACCUCAAUGCCCACCGGAAGGUGCACACGGGCGCCAGACCCCACACCUGCAAGGAGUGUGGGAAAGGCUUCCGCAAGAGGCAGGAUCUUCUGCGACACGGGAGGAUCCACACGGGAGAAAGCCCCUUUGCCUGCAGCCACUGUGAGAAAAGCUUCCGGCAGAAGAAGGAUUUGAACAGACAUCGGAGCAUCCACACGGGCGAGAGGCCCCACCUCUGUCUCGAAUGUGGGAAAAGCUUCCGGCUCAAGCACGCGCUGGUGCGACACCAGGCAACCCACCCACGGCUCAGCCCCUAG